AUGUCGCAACGUCGCCUGUUAAAGCCCCCUCAGAUGGUUACGUCGGCCGACCAGUCGUGUUGGAUCAACGGGGCUCUGUGUCGGCAGCAACGGGUCCAGGCCAAUUGUCGAAAGAGGUGGGCCUUUGUGAUGAAGAAGCACCUGAUCACUCACCUGUUGGGGAAACAUGGACUGGGCCAGCCCAAAGAGAGGAAGUUUGAGUGUGAUCUGUGCGACCGGUCGUUCAGUGAGAAGUGGGCUCUGAACAACCACAUGAAGCUGCAUACGGGGGACAAGCCCCAUAAGUGUGCCUGGCCUGCCUGCCACUACGCCUUCCUCACCCUGUCUGCCAUGAAAGACCACUACAGGACCCACACAGGAGAGAAGUCCUUCCUGUGCGAUCUCUGUGGUUUUGCGGGUGGCACGCGACACGCCCUCACCAAGCAUCGCCGCCAACACACAGGAGAACGGCCCUUCAAGUGUCAGCUGUGCGGCUUCGCCUCCACCACCCAGUCCCACUUGACCCGCCACAAGCGCGUGCACACGGGGGAGAAGCCCUACCGUUGCCCCUGGUGCGACUACAGAUCCAACUGUGCGGAGAACAUCCGAAAGCACAUCCUGCACACGGGGAAGCACGAGGGAGUGAAGAUGUACAACUGCCCCAAGUGUGACUACGGCACCAACGGCCCCAUGGACUUCAGGAACCAUCUGAAGGAGCAUCACCCCGACAUCGAGAACCCUGACCUGGCCUACCUGCAUGCAGGUAUCGUGUCCAAGUCGUUCGAGUGUCGUCUAAAGGGCCAGGGAGCCACGUUCGUGGAGGUUGACACAGCGUUUGACGGGGACUUCCCGGUGCGGAGGGUGGGCUCCAUGGAGGGUCUGGAGGGCCAGGAGGGUGUCCAGCAGGUGAUUAUCAUCCAGGGUUACGGCGGUGGGGAGCUGGCCUUCGACCAGGCCCUGGAAGAGUCAGCCGCCGCCACCCUGCGAGACCUGGCCAUGGCGGGCCAGGUGGCCGAGGUGCUCCACAUCACCGAGGACGGCCAGGUCAUCUCCUCGGGGAGGGAGGUGUCUGCAGGCGGGGCCCAUCACCUGGCCGGAGGCACCACCCAGUACGUCCUGCUGGAGUCCGGCGGGUCUGCAGCCGGAGGUGGAGGUCACGGGGGAGGGGCGACGCACCACCACAUGGCGUCGGAGUCAUCCACGGCUCUGGAUGCCCUCCUCAGUGCCGUCAGCGAGAUGGGCCAGCAGGAAGAGGACAGCCAAGAGGUCAUGACCCAGGAAGUUGUGUCAGAGCUCGUGGAGCGGGUGGAGGAAGAGGAGGAGAUGGAGGUGAAGACGGAGGAGGAGGUGUGGGAGGAGCAGCAGGUGCAGGAUGAGCAGGUGGUCCAGGAGGUUCUGCAGUUUGCAGCCAGCCAUCUGAUGAAGGAGGGGCUGACGCAGGUGAUCAUCAACGAUGAAGGGACCCACUACAUCGUGACGGAGCUGGAUGACAACACCCUCCAGGUGGAGGGGACCAUGUACACCCAGCACCAGGGAGGGGAGGACGACCAGCAGAGCGAGGGAGUUUCAGAGGGCCAGGCUGGGGAGAGGAUGGUCUACUACCUGGAUGGAGCGCCACACAAUGUGGUUCUGGAGAAGGUGGAGGUGGACUAGUCGGUGACUGUGGCGAGAAUCUCAACUGGAUUUCCUUGAUUCCUCGAGUCCUCUCCUCACCUCCUUCUCAAACCCCGUUGGAUAAGAAGUUAUAGGGGAGUGACCUCUGUCUGACCUUUUCAUCCAUUGGGUUGGAGAAGGAGGCGAGGGGAAGGAUGCAAURAAUCAAGGAAAUGCAGUUGAGACCUUCCCUGUGUGAAGACCAAAUGUCCAGCUUAAAGCCCCAAAGAGUCUUCCUCUUUGUCUCUUUCAUUGAAARUGUCAUGUUUUUUGUUUUUUACAUAGCUUUGUCUCCGUUUUGCAACGAUCAACUCAGGAUAACAUUCACAUCUAUAGAGUUCUAGUGAGGUGCAAAGUCUUUGGUGCUAACAUUAUUUAACAUUUGCAUCAUUUUAUGGCCAACGCCAGAAUUACCACUUGUUUUUGGAGUCAUGACUGGAAGACUGGAAAUACAUAGGCUAUUUUCAAUUGCAAAAAUAAUACUUUUAAGAUUACAUAACGGGAAAUGUUCCCGUUAUCUAGAAAGACUUACAAUCUUUAAGUUGCGUGGUUUGGUUUUGUUGAAAGUUGGAGAAUAAUAGCAGCUUUAUUUUUCAAUUUGAUAUGGUUUUACUAAAAGGACAUUUCCACCCAAAAACUAUAUUUUGGUAUUUGUUUAAUUAGUCCAUUGUUGGUUUUG